UUUUUUUUUUUUUAUGCAUUACAACCUAUAAAUUUUUCACUAAAUUUCGACUAAUAACUUGUAAUAUAUUUCACUUUUAUAAAAUAAAACAUAUACAAUGGUGCACGAAUCUUUAAGAUUAUACGCUACCAACGACUCGUAUACCUUAGUACCCUAUUACCUUGACCCGAAUAAAGCAGCUCAGACUUUAGUUAUAAACAGAGAUUCUGGUGAAUGCUUGUUGGACAGUGCUAUUCCCGAUCCGACCGCACACACUGAGUCUUUAACAGUAUAUGGAGUUUUCGGUAUUAUUAAUUUGUUAGCAGGCGGAUAUCUUAUAGUGAUUACCGGACGAGAACGUAUUGGAAGGUUAGGUAUACACGAUAUUUUCCAGGCAAAUCAAUUUAGAAUUCUUCCAUUCGCGAAAAAUAAUAAUGGUUUAUCAGAAGCACAGGCACAUGAUGAACAACAUUAUUUGUCACUUGUGGAAAGUCUUCUUAAAUCUGGAACAUAUUACUUUUCCUACACUUAUGAUCUAACUCAUACUUUGCAAAGGCAAGCACAAUUGACAUCUGGACCUCUAUGGCAGAGAGCCGAUGACAGAUUCUUUUGGAAUCGUUAUUUGCAAUCAAAACUUAUUGAUGUCACUACUAGAAAUCCUGACCAAGAUCUAAGCGAUUUUAUUCUUCCAGUGGUGUUUGGAUUCGUUUCUAUUGUUUUUACAAGAAUCAAAAAUAGGGACAUGGUAUUCUCUCUGAUUUCACGCCGAAGCAGGUACCGUGCUGGAACGCGAUAUUUUUCACGCGGUAUUGACGCAGAGGGGAAUGUUUCUAAUUUCAACGAGACUGAGCAAAUUGUUUUACUGGAUCCCAUUGAAGAUGGUAAUACAUCCACCUUUUUUGAAGGUAAAAUCAAGUUGUCUUAUGUUCAAACACGUGGAUCUAUUCCCAUUUAUUGGGCCCAAGUCAAUAAUAUCAAAUAUACACCGAAAUUACAAAUAAUGGAUUUACCCAAUACGCUUGAAGCUUUUCAUCGACAUUUUGAUGAACAAAUCAGAACAUAUGGAAAUCAAUUAUUAGUUAAUCUUGUUAAUAAAAAAGGAUAUGAAUUUCCUAUGGGAGAAUCGUAUGAGAGGACUGUGAAACAGCUAAAUGACCAUAGAAUACGAUAUUACCAUUUUGAUUUUCAUCAUGAAUGUAGCAAAAUGCGGUGGAAUAGAAUUCAGAUUUUACUUGACACUAUUGAAGAAGAAUUAAUACAACAAGGGUAUUUCUACGCUGAUGAUUCACGCAUUAUCAAAUCUCAGACAUCCGUAAUUCGUACGAAUUGCAUGGAUUGUCUUGACAGAACCAACGUUGUUCAGUCUAACUUUGCGAAAUGGGUGUUGACACAACAAUUACGUGAAGUGGGUGCACUUAGUAGCAAAGAACGAAUUGAUGAAAUUGCAAGUUUCAUGGAUAUAUUUAGAAAUGUAUGGGCUGAUAACGCUGAUGCUAUUAGUUUUCCUUAUUCUGGUACUGGUGCUCAAAAAACGGAUUUUACCCGAACUGGUAAUAGAACUAAAAAGGGAGUUGCUUCAGAUUUACAAAGUUCUGUGACGCGUUAUGUUCUUAAUAAUUUUAUGGAUGGUUCUCGACAGGAUGCAUAUGAUUUGUUAUUGGGUAAUUACGUAGUAAAACAUGGGGCCGCAUCACCAUGGAUCGAUACUCGAUCCAUGCAAACGAAAUUGAUUCCUCGAGUAUUAUUGGCGUGUUUGGUAUUUUUGCUACUUUUAUUCAUUUUACCAGAAGGUUAUAAAUAUUAUGCUCGAUCGUUGAUGUUUAUCGAUUUAGUUAUUAUUAUAUUUAUACUUCGAUUUGUUGUGGAAAAUGGUGGCGAAUUUAUAGAUUGGCCUAAACUUGUUCCAAGAGAUUACCGAUUUUAUCAAUCAAAAUCUAGCACAUCAUCUUAUAAACAAAAAACGGGGCGGAUUAAUGAUUUAGAGUAUGAAGAAAAAAUUGAAUUACAAAAAUUGGAAUAGAAGAAACUAUUUAUUCAUGUUCUAAAAUUAAUUAUUUUUUUUAUAUACUAUACUAUUUUCUUUAUUAUUUAAAUUCAAUAAUAAUUUACUAGAGUCUUUUU